GUGGCCCCGAUGGUCUGUGGGGCAUCCCCUCCUCCUGUGACGGUUGGUAGUUACCUCCCUUGCUCCGAAGUGGGAAUCAAAGGAAGAGAGACAUGCCGAGAGAUUGGUUAGGCCCAAGGAAUCGAUUCCUUUGGUCGGAUUGCUUCAGUCGCGAUCUCUCUCCUUCUACCUUCUACUUCUCUCCAUCCAUCCAUCCAUCAAUCCCUGCUGCUUUUGGUUCUUUGCUUUCCUUUCGACGGCGUAUCGUGGUGCUGGUGGCGGCUGGAGGCCAAGAAUCUGAUCUAUGGCAUGCCCCCAGAUAAAGCAAGCAUCCCAUUGUUGCUACACAUGGCAUCCUCCUCCGAAACCUCUGCAGUUCUCAUCGCCGUCUCCUCCUCGUCCUCGUGCGGCUACGACGCCCCUCCGCUGCCUAUUGCUAAGGAAAGCAUGCGGGAUUCUCGAUCUCCGCUCUUCUUCUGGUGCCUCGUCUUCUUCUCCCUUUCGCAUCAUGGCCCACUGAAGGUUGAGGCAUUUACUGGAACCUAUGGGAUAAACUAUGGCAGGAUUGCUGACAAUCUUCCUCCACCUGAAAGCGUCGUCACACUUUUGAAAUUAGCAAAGAUAAGGAAUGUGAGAAUCUACGAUGCGGAUCACAGCGUGCUCAAUGCAUUCAAGGGGUCUGGGCUCGAACUGAUCGUGGCCAUCGGCAAUGAGUAUCUAAAAGACAUUAGUGUGUACGAAGAUCAUGCUAUGAGUUGGAUCAAGGAAAAUGUGCAGCCAUUUCUGCCGGACACCCACAUCACAGGAAUUGCAAUCGGGAACGAAGUUUUAGGAGGCACAGAUGAAGAACUGGCAGGAGCUCUUUUGGGUGCCGCAAAAAAUGUGUACAAUGCCCUCGACAGGCUUAAAUUGGCGGGUGAUAUCGAGGUGUCAACGCCACAUUCCGCGGCUGUGUUCGCUAAUUCCUUCCCUCCCUCAUCUUGCAUUUUCAGAGAAGAUGUCCUCGUCUACAUGAGGCCCAUCUUGGAUUUCUUUUCGCAGAUCGGUAGUCCGUUCUAUAUCAAUGCAUAUCCAUUUUUAGCUUACAAAAGUGAUCCUGAGCAUAUCGAUAUCAAUUAUGCUCUUUUCCGGUCGAACGCCGGAAUCCAUGAUGCGAAGACUGGCCUGCACUAUGACAACAUGUUCGAUGCUCAAAUAGAUGCAGCUUAUGCUGCUCUCGAAGCCGCCGGUUAUGACAAGAUGGAAGUCCGGGUUUCGGAGACAGGUUGGGCAUCCGGUGGGGAUGAAAAUGAAGCUGGAGCCACUCUUCAGAAUGCAAGGACUUACAAUUUUAAUCUCCGGAAACGACUUUUCAAGAAGAAAGGAACUCCACGGAGGCCAAAGAUGGUGGUUAAGGCUUAUGUUUUUGCUUUGUUUAAUGAGGAUUUAAAGCCAGGACCGAGUUCUGAGAAGCACUACGGGCUAUUCAAGGCCGACGGGAGCAUAUCCUACAAUAUUGGCUUACAUGGCCUGAAGCCUUCCAGUGCAUCUCCAUCUCUCUUGUCACUCACGAGAAUUCGUACACGAAGUUGCCUAGGACCAUCUGCCAUGGUUCUCACAUGUUACGUAAUGGUUAUUCUAGCUCUGAUGAUUUAGUUUGACAAGACAAGAAGAAGACUGGACUUGGACAGCGUUUGUUGGAUCCUCUUACCUCCUGUACUAUCUACCAUGUGCAUUUCCUGCUCACGAGAAUUGUGUAGGUACAAAGUCUCUAAAUGAUUUAGGACAUGAAGUAGCUGGUUUCCAUUGAUAUUCCAAUGCCGUUCAUUAGUUGGAUCAAGUAUCUCAGUGCGCUCUUUAGUUCUAUACUAAUAGACACAAGUUUUUUUAUGAACAUUGUAAGAUGAGAAAUAAGUAAUUGUUUCAUUGUUUUCAA